AUGCCAUUUUUUGGGUCGACCAAUAAGAUCACAUUUGUCGGUGGUAUGACCGUAUUAAUAUCGGCGAUGAUGGGACCAGGAAUUGUAACGAAUACUUUAUUUGUUGAUUUAAUCAAUAUCACAUGUGGAAUUGGUUUAUAUCCUGAUUUUGGUUUCGUUUGUGUUCAUAAAAUAGGUUCGGAGAAUAGUCCAUUUGGAAAUAUAUCAUUCAUGAUAAUGUCAUCGAUCGUGAUAAUAUGGGUUGUGACAUCUAUACGUCAUGGAUUAAAUUUCAAUUAUGUUCCAAUCAUUGGAGAUGAUCAAAGUCAGGUGGUAGGAACAGUAUUGUUUAAUUAUGUUCUUACUCUUACUAUUUCAAGUGUUGUCAGUGAACUGGAAAAAGAUGUUCCAAUCCGAAAAUUGGUUUUGUCAUCAACCUUAAUAGUUACCAUUUUUUAUCUCGCUUUGGGAAUAUUUGGAGCUUUAGCCUAUAAGUUUGAAACAUCAGCUAAUAUAAUAUCCACUAUUCAUAGAAUUGAAACAGAUAAUGAGAUUGUUCAAAUAGCAACUUAUUUAUUUCCACUUAUAUUAAUUUUUAGUAUGUCAAUUAAUGCUAUUGUUAUUAGAUAUAAUUUGAUUAGAUCUGGAAUAUGUAAAAGUGUGAUUCCGUUUCAAACUGGAUAUUGGUUGGCUAUAUUCACUAAUUGGACUUCAAUAAUAUUUAUAUGUAGUUCAAAUUUCAUUAUACCAUUUUGGUUAUAUAUCUUAAGUCAAAAAAGAAAAUUAAAAAUUAUGGAUGAUUUUAAAGAAAUUGAUGUUAAAUUAGAGAAAGAGAUAGCUGAGAAAAAAAAAGAGGCAACCGAUAUUUUCCCUUUAAAAGAUGUGACUGUUACAACAUCAUCAUCAUAUUUAUCCUCUCCUCAAAGUUCAUUAACUCCAACAAAGAAUGUAAUAAUAACAUUUGGAUGUUUUGAAGAAAUGGAUGAUAUGAAAAAUGAUAAUGAAAAUUUAAGAACAUUAAGUGUAAGAAUAGCAUGGAUUGCAACUUAA